AUGAUCAUAGUUACUAUUUUUCUUCUAUUUUUAUUUAUCGCAGGUGAGAGACAAAGAUGGUCGUUUGAUUUUUGGAACCUCUGGGCUUAGGCUUUUUUAAGUCGAGCCUGGGCCUAGGCCAAUAGGGCUUAGAUAGGCCUAAGACGAGCCUAAGACAGGCAUACGCCUAUAGGGUUUAGAGAAGCCUAAGGAAGCCUAAGCCUAUAGGAAGCCUAAGAAAAUCCUAAGCCUAAGCUAGGCUUGAGGCAAGCCGAAAAGAAGCCUGAGGCUAGGCUAAGCCUAAGAUAAGCCUAGAAGAAGCCUAAGCUGAUCUUAGAUGAAGCCUAAGCCUAGAACUAGAAUUUUAGAUAAGCCUAAGCUGAGCCUAGUAUUUUAGAUAAGCCUAACCCAGGCCUAGAAUUUUCAGACAAAGAUAAAUCUAGCCCAGUCCUAAGCCCCCAGUUUUCCAGGCCCGGCCCUCUCAGCCCCCUCCGACUUCUCGUUGCUCGACGCAUACAACCGUCACAAACAAGCCCACCACGACUACAAAAAAGCCCUUGACGGCCCGAAAUCCCCACAUCUCCAACAAGAAGAAGACUACGAUUUGAUCGAUCUGGCGCGGCCGGGCAACUUUGUGAAAUUGGGCCGAGUGGCGGCCCGCGAUUGGCGUGUACGGCCCGGCCCAAACAGUCCACAUCCAGACUAUUUGAGGAAGCACAGUUUGAUGGAACGCGUCAGGACUGGACAGUUUAGAAGUCGUGUUGUAGUUGUUUGA